AUACGGAGCACGAGUGGAAGUCAAUUCAGUGUUCUUUGUAAAUCGGAUAUCUGGAGUCGAUAGGCUAGCAGUAUAAUGUGGCGAAUAGUGGUUCAGUGGUUAAUAUUGGAGUUAAGCAUUGGAUACAGUGGAAUUGCUGCGCAAAAUAGUUCUGCAGUUUUCGACGAAAAUGGAAAUCUGGUGAUUGGAAUAGUCGUUGUUCAUGAACGUGAACAACCGGAAGUACCUGCACUUACAUCGCAUGCUAUUCGUUCCUUCUUGGGCGGACAAAAUGGCGUAUCGGUAUUCGACUACUACAUUGUCUACAAUCGAGAGCACGUGGUUUUCACUGACAAUGCCGAACUAUGCUCAGCAUUGAAUCGAGGAGUCAGCGUUAUUGUGGACUUCACUUGGACCGACAGCAAUCGCAUCAUGACCGCCGCAAACAACUUCAAUGUCCCGUACAUUCACGCCGACGUGUCGUCGCAGACCUUUCUCAAGGUGAUGGAAAACUAUCUACGAGCACGUGGCGCCAACGACGUGGUCCACAUCUUUGACUCCACAGAGGCAGCCGAUUCGGCAAUCUACUUUCUCAUCACCGAGUCGCAGUUGCGAACGAUAAUAUUCGACUGUCUCAGUGAUACGUCUAUUGCACGGAUUAAAGCUGUCCGGCCUUAUCCGUCGUUUUACACGAUCAUCGCCAAGACGGCUGAUAUGAAUGCUCUGUUCAAGAGGGCACUCGCCCAUGGAUUGGUCAUGAAAACGGAAAAGUGGAAUUUGAUGUUCUUGGAGCCCAAUACUGAAGCGUUUGAAUACCAUGAAAUGUAUCAGACCAUGAGUCGACUUAUGUUGGAUAACAGUACCUGCUGUAUGCUGAUGAACUUGGAAGGAGAUUGCGCUUGUCCUAGUGGAUUCAAACCGUGGGAAGCUCAUCUGGGAAAUGUGGUAACCAGUGUGCUGCAGAAAAUCCAAUUGGGUCAGCUUCCAUUGGUAACCCAACAGGAUUGCAGCGGGAUUGAAUCAACGAAUGGUUCCAACAAUGGAUACGACAUAAUGAUGGAUCUCCGGUCGGAUUCUCGGUUCUGGAUGCCUGACGGCAGUCGAAUGUUACGAUACAAUUUGAACGUUUCGAUUUGGACAUCUGUCGACGAUAACGGGUCUGCUGCAAUACACCUUGGGACGAUCGAGAAGGGUGAUGUGGUACCGUUCGUGGGUCAGAAGAUCAAACCGACCAAGCGGUACUUUCGCGUUGGAACUACCGAGUCAAUCCCUUGGGCCUACAGGAAACGCGACCCACUUACCAAUGAGAUAAUGCUCAACUAUGUCGGGGAACCAAUUUGGGAGGGAUACUGCAUAGAUUUCCUGCAUCAGUUGUCCACGGUGAUGAACUUCGACUACGAUCUGGUGUCGCCCCAGAAGGGUACCUUCGGUAUGAGGGAUCGUUCAGGAAAUUGGAAUGGCUUGAUCGGCGAUUUGGUGGUUGGUGAAAUAGAUUUUGCGAUGGCCGCUAUAAAGAUGACCGCUGAAAGGGAAGAAGUGGUAGACUUUGUGGCUCCGUAUUUCGAGCAGACAGGUAUCUUGAUUGUGAUGAGGAAGCCUAUACGGGAAACGUCUUUAUUCAAGUUCAUGACCGUUCUGCGAUUGGAAGUUUGGCUGAGCAUAUUGCUGGCGAUCGUGGCAACGGCCGUAAUGCUGUGGCUAUUGGAUAAAUUUUCACCAUAUAGCGCUAAGAACAACAAACAAGCUUAUCCCUAUGAUUGCAGAGACUUCACUCUCAAGGAAAGCUUCUGGUUUGCCUUAACUUCAUUCACUCCACAAGGCGGUGGAGAAGCCCCAAAGGCACUUUCCGGACGUACCCUGGUGGCGGCAUACUGGUUGUUCGUCGUACUAAUGUUGGCUACAUUUACCGCGAACCUGGCUGCGUUUCUUACCGUUGAACGUAUGCAGACUCCGGUACAAUCCUUGGAGCAGCUGUCCCGUCAAAGUCGCAUCAAAUACACAGUUGUGAAGGACUCCGACACGCAUGAUUACUUCAAGAACAUGAAGAACGCCGAAGACGUACUGUACCGAAUGUGGCGUAAUCUGACGCUUUCGAGUGGAAACGACCAGACGCAGUAUCGCGUUUGGGAUUACCCGAUCAAGGAACAGUAUACCAAUAUCUUGGCUGCCAUAGAGUCAGCGAAUCCAGUCCAGUCGGCUGAAGUUGGAUUCCAACGAGUCAACGAGGGUCUAGAAGCGGAUUUUGCAUUCGUUCACGAUUCAGCGGAGAUCAAGUACGAAAUAUCACGCAACUGUAAUCUCACGGAAGUUGGGGAAGUUUUCGGUGAACAGCCGUAUGCGAUCGCAGUUCAACAGGGAAGUCAUCUGCAAGACGAGUUGAGUUAUUACAUUCUGGAACUGCAAAAGGAACGCUACUUCGAAUCGCUGACGGCAAAGUUUUGGAACAAUUCGGUACGCGGAAUUUGUCCCAAUACGGACGACAGCGAAGGAAUAACACUGGAAAGCUUGGGUGGAGUGUUCAUAGCGACUCUUGUGGGACUAGCCCUGGCAAUGGUAACUUUGGCUGGGGAAGUGUUGUAUUACCGCCGUAAGGAUCAGAAGGGCAAGCUGGUGCAGGUUGAGCCGAUGGAUGUAGGAAAAAAGAAAGUAGUAAAGGAUAAGCAUUCGCUUACGUUCAAAAAUUUGCUGAACACUGUAGAAAUGAAGAACAAUUUGAACAAGGUCGUGGAGAAAAAGAUCCCAAAGGAGAUCACCAUUGGAAAUAAGUUUGUGCCAGCAUCGGAGAAGCAACAGAAGAUCAGCUACAUAUCGGUAUUUCCUAAGAAUCCGAUGAAUUAAAAAUGAAUUUGCAAUUAAGGGUCAUUUUUAAAUUACGUCACGCUUGUUGUACAGGGCGGAGCUCAUCGAAACGUGACGACCCAUACACAAUUUUCGAUGUUUCCAUGUGUGUGAAAUUUUGCGUGACGUGAUUUAUGGACGUUUCUUAAUUGAAUUAUGGGCAUCACAGAUAAGUAAACCUAAGUUGAUGAAAUUGAUAAAUAAAUAAAUUAUAAUAGUUUGUUGAAUCAUAGCUUAUGGGUUACUUUCGAAGAUUUGAACAGAAAAACCCCGACUAAGUCCGUUGAGACUCGUAUGUUUGUCUUUAUUUCGUGCCUUUUCGUUUUCAGUUCCUUGUUUUUCGCUCGUUUGCUGUGUGUGUGUUGGGACACAACAGUAGUCACCUUAAAUACUAUUUGCAGUAAUUUUCUUGAUUUUCCAUCCGUUUGCCGUAAUUCUUACGGUUUUAUGAAUUUAUUACCAUCCCUUGACUUGACUUGGCUAGACAGUACAACAUACGUGUGAACAACACAUACAAUUUUACUAUAGGUUUGAAAAGUUGUUUGCCCAUUAGAGGGAUUGGAACCACAUCCAAUCUCUAGAAAAUUCUUAUUCUGUUUUUUGGAGGUUGAAAUUUAGUGCACUAACGAAAAGUAUAAAGGCCAUCAAUAAAAAAAAGCUUAGAGGGAAACGAUUGGCUUCACGCAGGUAAUCAAGAGAAGUACAUUUAUUCCACAAUCCACAAUUGCUAC